GAAUGUCACUGACAUGCACGUCUUGGCUUGCUUAUAUUAUUUUUUGACUUCCUCACAGCUGCAACUCAACCACACUGGUUUAGGGAAGCUGAAUAAAAAGCCAUAAGCUUAGACAAGUGUGAACCAAAAAAAGUUAACAUAACAAGAAUGAACACAGGGCUCUGCAGAUGCCAUUUCAUUUUCACUGUAGGUAUUUAUACUUACGGACUAUAUGUGGCGGGUGAGCUCUUAACAACAAUUGUCCCAGGAGAGAAUGUAACUAUACAGUGUAGUCAUACCAAUUCUACCUCUAUCUACUGGUACAGACAUCACGGAGGACAGCUCCCACUUCUGAUAUUGCAAGUACUGGAGUCUCACAUUACAGCCUAUAAUAGGCUUGAAGGGCGCUAUUCGUGUAACCGUCCAAGUAAAGCCUUAACCAUACACAAUGUAACAGAGGCAGACACAGCAACAUACUACUGUGCUUGGAGAGAUAAAGGAGUGACCGUGUUUGUGGAUGGAACAACCCUGAGAAUGAACAGUACAACCCGACCUGAUGCAAAGAACUACACAGAUCAAGGUACAAUCGGACCUGAUGCAAACAACUGCACAGAUCAAGGAAGGACUAGUGCAAUCAUUUGGAUCACCAUAUGUCUGGCUGUUCUGCUGUCGCUGUCGCUGUGUUGUAAUGUUGUGGUUUUAUUCAAAUGGAAAGGGAGUUGCAGAUCCCAGGGGCCUAACAAGAAAAGCGGGUCAGAACAAGCUGGUAAUGAGGAAGCCAUUUAUUACUGUGCUGAUUCUGAUUUCUCUGAAAACCAGAAGAGAAAAAAGACUGAAAACAUAAAUACAACUUAUGCUGUAAUACAGUUUCAAUAAAUGUUACAACUAAUGGAUGCACACAAAAAGACAGAAUGUAAAUAUGAUCUGGUAAUUCUCUAUAGAGUAUGAGAUGUCCCAGCUCCGAUUGUUUCCCUGUGUGGGUGAUGACUUACAGAAAUAAACGAUGUAUCAUUUUAACCCUUGUUUCAACAAAGAAACUGCUUCAUGCAGCUUGACUGUUGUAUGUUUUGGCAAGGGUGUCAUUGAUUAAUAUCAGGACUGGAGUUAAGGGAAUUUUUAAACUGAAGAUAUUCCAGGAGCACCCUUACAAUUAUAGUGAUUAAAGGGAAAAUACUCCCGUGCAGGAAGUGAGGCCACAGAUUGUACCUGUAUGGAAUGUAGCCUGGAUACUGGGGUUAACAACUCUUCUAGUUAUGACAUAAAUGUAACAGUCAGGCUUCCAAUUGUCAAACACAAAAGUGUUGAAAUAAAACCCCUCUUAUUUGUGAACAGGCUGUGGUGUCAGUUCAUUAUGGUUUUCAUCUCUGUCACAUGGUGUCUAGGCGCUACAAGGGCAGCAGUGUGGAGUAGUGGUUAGGGCUCUGGACUCUUGACCGGAGGGUCGUGGGUUCAAUCCCAGGUGGGGGACACUACUGCUGUACCCUUGAGCAAGGUACUUUACCUAGAUUGCUCCAGUAAAAAAACAACUGUAUAAAUGGGUAAUUGUAUGUAAAAAAGAAAUAAUGUAAUUGUAAAAAUAAUAUGAUAUCUUGUAACAAUUGUAAGUCACCCUGGAUAAGGGCUUCUGCUAAGAAAUAAAUAAUAAUGGAAAUCAGGUUGUGGUCAAGCCGUUUGACUUUACUGAAAAUGCAUGCCAGGGUUUGUCAGCAUAAAACUCAAGUAGUGUGUGUGGGUUAAUGGACAGUGGAAUUAAAAAAUGAGUUGUCUGCCUUUAUCUGGCAGUGUAUGUGGUGCAACAUUUUUGUACAA